AUGGAACAAGGAAAUUUUGAUGAAAAAUUUGGGAAUUCAAUUUUAUUAGAAGCUUUAAAAGAAGCACUUAAACAAAUGAUAGAAGAAUUUUAUGUAGAAAAAGAAAUAGGAAUUAAAAUUUAUAAACAAGCUUGUGCAAAUAUAAAAAAAGAAAUACUAAAUAAUUCCAAUCAAUUAUCAGACAUAAAUAAUAUAAAAAAAGAAAUACUAAAUAAUUCCAAUCAAUUAUCAGACAUAAAUGUUAGUGGGCAUUUAAAAAGUUAUUAUUGUAGAAAUGAUAUUUGGACUUUUUUUUUUAAAAAUUCUCUUUUUAAAAUUAAUAAGAAUAAAAAAACAAAAAACUCUUCAAAAGAUUAUAAAAAUUAUCAACCAUUAAAUUUAAGAGUUUAUAAAAACUUUAAUGAUAAAAAGGAAGAAUUUUUAAAAUAUAGUAUAGAUGAUAAUAAUGUUAAAAUUUUAAAAAAUUUUAGUAAGCUUUAUUCAAAUAUUGUCCAUAAGGAAAAUAAUGAAAAUGAUAUUGAUGAUAUUUUUUUCUAUUAUGAUGGGUUGAUAAAAAUAUUAUGUGUUGAAGAAGCAUUUAUGUAA